UAGAAGGGGGAGAGGAGAGCUCGGCGGCGACUGCGAGGAGACACCAGCGUCCACGUCAAAGAGGAGGAGGAGGAGAUCCCCGGGCGUUGUUGAUUUUCCACGGGGGCCACGGCGGCUUCCACCAUGGGCUGCUGGCUCUCUGGACCGUGGGUGGGCGACCCGGCGCUGACCAGUGGGCGGAGCCUGGCACACCUGAGCCAGCGUGAUGCUCUGCGCAUCCUGACGGCGAGUCAGCACCCCGUCACCAUGCAGGUCAAGACUCAGAGGGGACGCGACACAGACCGGGCGGCCUGGGAGCACCUCCCCCUCAACCUGCAGCACCUGAACCUGCCCAUGAUGGGGGCGGGGCUUAAUGCCACAAGCCCCUCCUACCAGGAAAGGCAUUAUUACAACCACUUGUCCCUGCCACAAGAUCACUGCGACGGAGGACACUACGGCUACCUUUCCGGCUCCCCGAGAGACACCGUGGACAUCAGCCACCAGGAUGCGGAAGUGAGCGGCCAUCGAGCCAAGGAGCAGAGCUGCCUGAUGGGAUGUUGCAACGUCAGUCCGGACGAGCCCAAAGGCUACCACAGCCAGACGGACGAUGACGACUUCAUGCUGGAGAAGCCUCUGGGCUUCCUGCCCCUCCACCACGAGCUGGACAGCGGCCUGGGCUGGACCGACGGCUCCCUCCACCAAGGCGACCUCUCGGGCAUGGAGACCGAGGAGGCGGGGCUUGAGGACUGCCAUCCCCACGGAGCCCCGGGCCACGGGGGCUGCGGAGCCUUCGGAGGCGGCGGCUCCCCUUCCUCCGAGUCCUUCAUCUCGUCGGAGCUCAGCGACUCCGGCUUCUACAGCGUCGGCACCGGGGAGUUCCGCCACUUCCAGAGGAUGCUGGAGAAACGGAUGCGGCUGUACAACGCUCGGCUGCAGCAUCAGGGAGAAACGUGCGAGCGGAGGGAGCGGCGCGACAGCUGCCCGAUGAGCCACCGCGAGCUGCUGGAGGCCAUUCCGGAGACGCUGAGUAUGCAGCCGCCGUGUCAGCGCUUGCAGUUGGGGAUGGAGGACACCACGGGGCCCGUGUUGGACCUCCCGACAGGGGGCCUCUUCAGGGUGUCAUCAGUCCAGUUCCACAAAACGGAUCGGCCCUGUCUGAACCGUCACAGCUCAAGCAGCGGCGCCCUCUUUAACCCCUCCCACGCACACGCACCGGCGUCACGAAUGAGCGUCCCAGUCCUCUCCACCUGCAGUACCCCCUCCAGCCACCGGAGGCCGCUAGCACCUAUGCAGCAGCACCAUCAAGGCUCCAGCUCUGUUGGGAUGCUGAGGAGAAGCCGUACGCUGCACCAUCGCCCACCAACGCAGGAAUACCGGCGCCGGGCCAGUCACCCGGCGUCCCCCUCCUACUGCGCGGCCACCCUGCACCACUGUGGGGGGGUCACGCCUCAUGGCGUCUUGCAACAUGGCCUACCAGAGGAGACGGAGCUGGUAGCAGACGAGAUGGUUGCCCACCCAGCAGACCUGUCACCACAACAGCACCCCCUGGGCCAUAUCAGGGGUCCCUGCUACAAUAGCAACCCGAACGGCCAGCUCACUCACCACGACUGGUGGCACGCGCAACAAAUGGGGUUGAUGACCGACCCGGCAGCGGCGGAACGGGACCAAGAAAUGGAACUGGAACAGAACAGACAAAUGGAGACUCUAGAGAGGGAAGCGCAGAUUCAGGAGGAAGUGGACCGAGAGAGACAGCAGGAGAUGCAAAGGAGCCGGACCAGAGAGCAACAGCACCUCCAGAGUGAGAUGCAACCUGUCCAGCCGGGGGACGUCAACGACACAUGGCCUAAACUCGCCAGCCGCCAGUCCCAGUGUGGCGGAGGAUGUCGAGGUCUUUACAGCACCCUGGAGGGCCACACAGGGACUGGUCUGGAUGCAAAUAAAGAACAAUUGGAUGCACAGCCAAGCCCUAACCUCUCCUCCGGGCUACACACCAAAAUGAACCCUUGCUCUAAAGCCAACAUGACUUCUCGGAUCUCCAGGAACCAGCUCCUGAGGGACCGGGCCUCUCAGCUUGCUGACGAGCGCAGCGGGAUGAGCACGGACGAUGAGACCACCACGGACAUGCUGCUAGGUCGAUACUGGAGCCGAACGGAGAGGAGGGAACACUUCCUACUCGCCCGCGAGCAGAAGCAGCAGCAGGCAAGAGGAGGUGGUGUACGCGAGGCCUCCAGCAGGGGUGGCGCCCCCGCCGCCGAGCGAGGCGGGCCGGACGGCCGAGCCGGUGGCACUUCCGCAGAAGGACGGUGCAGUACGGUCCUGGAGCUGAGUCAGAGGAAGCUGAGUCGGCUGAGGAAUCGGAAGAUGUUGGAUGAUUGGACGACCGUGGAGGAGCUGCUGACUCACGGGACCAGGCUGGACAGCCUGGACCACCCAAUGAUCUGUGCCAGCCCCCUGCUGACCGUCACCACCGUCUAACAGCACGGACCGCACAUUUCACUACCCAACACAUCAGUGUCCAAGACUGUCAAAGACUUGUCCCCUGGAAGCAUGCGGAGCAAAUAUAUUUCUAUCACCUUUUGUCACCUUUCACAAUUAAUAGGACGACAAUGUUCAACACAGGUGCACAUUUACCAUGACUCCUUCGGUCGGGGUCCUUAUGAAAGUGAAGUUGUGUGACGACCUUUCAUUUCACAGAAAAGUUUUAUCAUCCUUGGAUUGAUGCUCAAUGACUUACGGACAAAGUUGCGCCCUAACCCCUUGCAAAGAUAUUUUUUCAAUCUCGCUCAAAUUUUACACACAUCUGCUUGCCAUUCCCUUAAAAGUGUGUGCAAUUCCACCAAAGGCCGUAAAGUUACAGUCGGUAUGACUGUUUAUUGACGAUCCCCACCGUGUGGUGUAUUUGUCAGGUAAAUAUGAACGAAACGAAACAAGGUAUGUUUUCUUAUACAGUACGGGCCUGAUUUACUAAAGGUGUGCGUGUACUAAAUCACAAAGCCGGAAGUGGGGAUCGAACCUUGAACCCUCAUGUUACUGGCACAGCCACUCUACCAACCGAGCUAUACCGCCUAAACUAAUUGAAUCGAUGCAUUUUUAUCGAAUAUAUACUAUUAACAUAUCUCGUGUUGCCGGUUUGGUGGCUGCAGGAUUAGGUCUCUGCUUUUGGCGGGUGAUGUGGUCCUGCUGGCUUCAUUCUGGCCAGGAUCUUCAGCUCUCACUGGAUCGGUUCGCAGCUGAGUGUGAAGCGACUGGGAUGACAAUCAACAAUUCCAAGUACGAGUCCAUGGUUCUCACCCGGAAAAAGGUGGAGUGCCAUCUCCGGGUUGGGGGUGGGGGAGACCCUGCCCCAAGUGGAGGAGUUCAGGCCCCUCUGGGUCUUGUUCACGAGUGAGGGAAGAGUGGAUGGUGAGAUCGACAGGCGGAUCGGUCUGCAGUGAUGCGGAUCCGUUGUGGCGAAAAAGGAGCUGAGCCGGAAGGCAAAGCUCUCAAUUUACCAGUCGAUCUACGUCCCUAUCCUCACCUAUAGUCAUGAGCUUUGGGUUAUGACCGAAAGGACAAAAUCCGGCAGAAAUGAGUUUACCUCCGUCGGGUGGCAGGGCUCUCCCUUAGAGAUAGGGUGAGAAGAUCUGUCAUUCGGGAUGAGCUCAGAGUAAAGCCACUGUCCGGCAGAAAUUAGUUUACCUCCGUCGGGUGGCGGGGCUCUCCCUUAGAGAUAGGGUGAGAAGAUCUGUCAUUCGGGAUGAGCUCAGAGUAAAGCCGCUGUCCCUCCACACCGAGAGCAGCCAGAUGAGGUGGUUCGGGCAUCUGGUCAGGAUGCCCCCCCCGAACGACUCCCUGGGGCGGUUCUAAGGGCGCGUCUGACCGGUAGGAGACCACAGGGAAAACCCAGGACAUGGUGAAGAGACUAUGUCUCUCGGCUGGCCUGGGAACGCCUCGGGAAGAGCUGGACGAAGUAGCUGGGCAGAGGGAAGUCUGGGCUUCUCUGCUUAGGCGUUUGCCCUCGCCUACCCGACCUCGAAUAAGCGGAAGAAGAUGUUUGGAUAAAUAUCUCGUGUAUUUUUUGCCUCUCUCCCAUGGAGCGCACCUUCGGCACUGAGAAAAGAGAACAAUGGGUUCCGUUGGAGGUGCAUUUUGGACUGUGUUUUAAAUACCCAUAAAAAGUGGUCCAAAGGAUAGCACACCUCCUCUUUUAUUUGGACUUACCCUGAUUACAGGACAUUUCAUUGGGAGAGAGGGUCGUAAACAGCUGUUGCCCGCGGUCACAAAACAGUUCAAAGAAAAGAUGCCUGGAGCUCGCGUCAGGUCCUGCUUCCUCUCCGCUUUGUAGAUCUCGGCUCAAGACCGGAUCUUCCCGUGGAUCACAAUAGAUCAGUGGUUCUUAACCUUGUUGGAGGUACCGAACCCCACCAGUUUCAUAUGCGCAUUCACCCAACUCUUCUUUAGGGAAAAAUAAAAUGUUUGUUUUUUUCCAAUUCAAGACAAAGUUAUAUGUUUUUUUUAGUGGUGCACAAAAUGAAGCGUGCGUGAACCUCACCUUGUUCAAAGAACCAAACCAACACAGUGCAUAAACUCACAACAAACGACACACCUGCAAAUCCGAUGGAAAAUUAGAGGGAACAUUGUUCGGGGGUAUCCAUGAUAGGGAGAAGUUUUUAUUUACACAAUGAGUUGGGUUUGUCUUGACCUCCGCGGCAGAUGCUUCGCCGAACCCCUAGGGUUCGAUCGAACCCAGGUUAAGAACCACUGCAAUAGAUCAAAGAAACCGACACCUCCAUGUCGCUCCCCAUCGUACACAGCGGAGUUUUACAAGCCUUUUGCUUGGUAAGAUCAAAGACAGCUUUUGUCCUCUCGCCGGGAACUCGCGGAGACAGAAAGUUUUGUGAUAACUUACAUACAAUUAUUCUGACACCCCCCAACUCCCCCCAACCCCGGAGUCGGAGAGUUUGCUUCGGUGGUGGUCAUUUUGCCCGCUAAAAGGCGGCGAUUGUGUGUGCUCUCGGUGUGAAAGAGGUCGUUGGUCUUGCGACAGAAGUCGAAGGGAAUUGGCCGAACUUUCUUUUGAUUUAGAUGUGUGUGUGUGUGUGUGUGUGUGUGUGUGUGUGUGUGUGUGUGUGUGUCACUGCAGUCCAUCACCUCCAAUGAUAGCUUUAUGUGCGGGUCACUGUACAGCACUGCUACGACACUUACCAAGGGGUAAGGCCAAGGUGGUUUGAAGCACUAACGCUCGUUACUCUCAGAGACGACAUUUUCCAGGACAACGUUUAGAUUUUCCGAUGCGUCGGACCAGCGUCGCCACCACAGGGAACCGUUGUCAGACGACGAGUCCCCCCCCCCCCGAGCACAUGUGUACCUCUCCACGGCGCCCUCUUCCUGCAGGCUGUCGGUUGUUUACACAAGUACCUGCCCGCGUGUUUACUGACCGGAAUAGAAGGCCUCAAGACUCAAGCUGGUCCAAACUGCUGCAUGGACCGUGGUCACGUGGACGAGUGCCCCCCAGUGGCGGGUCUACACCAGGGGAUCAAGUGCAAUAAUACCUCAGUCUCAGUGUUGGAGGCGCCACCUAUCCAGCCCGUCAACGAGUCUUUCAAUAUUAUCUAGGAGACGGACUUGAAGAAAACUACCUUUUUUUUUUGUUUUUGCACAUCAUUUUUGAUACAAAGUGUUUCUCUCCCAGGGACGGAGGCCAGUGGAACAACUGUAGAUAGAACGCUGCGUGUUGAUGUUUUAUUCAUCUACUAUUAUAGUUAUUUAUGGGAGAAAAAAGGAUCUUUAUUGUCAACGUGUUUGAACAUAUUUCGAUAUUUUUGUUGUAAUUGUUUUAUUCUUAGGGUUGAUGCACAUGUUACCUGGAAGCUGAUUUAUCGUAGCUUCUUUUUUUUUCUUUUUCUUUUUCUUUUUUUUCUUUUUUUUUAAUGAAUACAAAUUGUGAAUAUUCUUGUCUCUUUAACGGCUGAAUUAAAUUGGACUGUUUUGUGUCACUUGGCCGUGUGCAUUGUGGUUCUGUUGCCAUUCCUCGUAGUCAAACAUAAGAGAUGCAUGUGGACUGCAUUUUGAUGGCAGUCAAACAUAAGAGAUACAUGUGGACUGCAUUUAGAUGGCAGUCAAACAUAAGAGAUACAUGUGGACUGCAUUUUGAUGGCAGUCAAACAUAAGAGAUACAUGUGGACUGCAUUUUGAUGGCAGUCAAACAUAAGAGAUACAUGU